AUCAUAUCAGAGUGUGUAAUUGAUUGUUGCAACCAAGUGAAUAUUACUGGAACAAGCAAUUCCCAUCCUUCCUCCUCCUAUGGUUCUGGGUCUUAUCGCCCUGUUGCAUCCACUUCGUUCCAUUCCAUUACCUCGUACGGCGUAGUUCGGGAGUUUCUCUCCAGAAUUCCCUCAUUUCCCCAUACUUCGUGGCAUUCAACCAGUACGACUCUCCUCCUGUACAGUAUUAUUAUUAUCCUCACUUCUCCCUGUCCUUCUUCUGCUCUUCCUUCUUUUUUCCUUUUCCCCUCACACUUCAAUCUCAUAUUCACACAAUCUCCCCUCUCCAUAGAAUGGUCAUACACUGUUUGACCCGUUCCACCCACUCUACGUGCUUGCACACCCUCCGCGUCCCUUCCCACCGUGGGAUUGGUCUGCUCCUGUGAGGCUCUCCUCCUCAGCCUUGAUCUACUCGUACUUUCAACAACGACGCGUAUCAAUUCUCUUCACUCGGAUUCUUCAAAAUGCCUCUUCGCGAUACAUUCAAACGGGUCUUCCACCGUUCCUCAUCCAGCAAGGAUUUGAAAAAUGGCAAACCCAAGGUCGAAUACUAUCGUCGCCAUGAGAUCCCCCCCUCCAAGUUUCGCGGUCCCUUCGAUAAGGAACACCAAAAGCGUCUAGCGGCCUGGUCGUUCGAUGGUGCAAUGGCCGAACGGCCGCGUGCUUCGGAUGACUUGUCGCUUUCCCCUUGCGCCACUUACGAUCUCCCCGACGGUCCUUUCGGUCCUUUGGAUCCGCUUGAUGGCGAUGAUACCGGUGAUAUUUCCCCCGGCGACGACGGCGUGCCGAUCGAUCCAGCUUUCACCGACUCCGACGCUUCCGUGCCCGAGCUACUUGACUCCUCCCGCCCCACUGUCGGCUCGCAAUCAUCCACUAUCGUCAACUCCAGUUCCGAGAGUUAUUCUGGUUCCAUGAUGACGCUUCUUCCGGAGGAUCAUCCCAUCGGUCCUUAUGAGCUCCCCGAGGAUCCUAUCGCCUUGCUCAAGGAGUCUAUUCGUUAUACCUCGCCUAUCGUUCGGGCUAUGUCGCCUGCCUCGCCUUAUCCCAUGUCGCCACGGGGUAAGAAUAAGGGGAAGACACUGCCUUUUUCGGCGGAGGAUUUGACUCGCGCUUUGAAUGCUGUGCAGGUCUGCGCUUAGAUGGGAUGGGUUUCAUCCGACCACCACCACCACCACCCCCACCAACCGUCUCCUACUACCUUUCGUCCCAAUAUCCUGGAGAUUGGUCCCUUUUAUAUUAAUCUCUUGCUUUGUGCGACUCGAUGUCGCCUCGCUACCUUUUUUUUCUUGCUGCCACCUGUUAUGGCAGCUGUGUGGGUGACUCGGAUAAAAGCCGAUAACCAUCACCCACCACCGUUAUUGAUGAACCACGAUCGAAACGGUUAUUUCAUUCCAUCACACACGAUGGAAUCCGGAAUUCCUGGCUGGAGCCGGGAAUUUUUCCUCUUUGCUUAAGGAUAAGCGAGAGACUUGCAAGUGCACAAGUCCCGCCCUCCUUAUGCUGUUUUUCCCUUACUUGUCACGCAUCUUGCAUUUGAGCGUAUACCCGUUACUGGCGUUUGAUUGUUUUUGGCUCGGUUAUACACGAACUAGGUACCGUGUUGCUGGUUGCGAUGAUGAACUCCUAGACUUGCUCUGUUCUGUAGUCGAUAGUUGGAUCAGAUAUCUAGAUGAGAUGAAUGAAAGUCGCUAAACAAAUUUAAAUCAAACA